AUGAAGCCAUCAAUAGUUAUUGUUUAUGUUAUCGCUCUAGCGAUCGUCGUCGGAAGCGAGAUUCGAAUCCGCGGCAAAGUAAGAAAACGAAACAACGUACACAGAAGGCAUAGAGCUAUUCUACCGCCAUGCAAUUUCAAUGAAAGCCUUAUUGAGGACGAAUGGGCUUUGAUGGAAGCGAUAGGGAAGUCAAAGUUUAUUUUUACGGGUAAAGUUUUGACGGUUAAGAAGUUUAGAUCGAUGCAUGAGAUUCGGGUAAAGAGGUCGAAUUUGUAUAGGGUUUAUAUGCGACGGGUUUUGAAAGGUGACGAGAGUGAAUUAAAGAUGUUCGUCAAACAGGAAGGACUAAAUGUGGACUCUAUAAGUGGUUCGACUGUGAUGGUGGAGCGUCCGCACGCACGCGAUUCCUGUACGCCAUCUCCGCGUCCACGACUGUCUGCUAUCUUUUUGAGCGACGGAUUACUUGCUGAUACUAAGAGAGGAGCCAUACAGCAUCUCCGUCUUCUUACUGAUCCCGUUCCACUGACGCUCUAUCAUUUAGAUAGAAUUAACGCUGCUGUCAAAGGUAAGGUUCUAUUUAUG